CGCUUGUUGGGAAAAUCAGAAAACACAAAGCAAAGCACCCAUGGAAGAAUCGCAGAAGAUACUGCUGAGGUCGCUGGAGAGCUCGGGGGUUCGACUCCCACCCCUCGUCUCAUCCAUCGGAGACCUCUCCUCACCCUCCCUCUUCUCUGUCUGCGCCCAAUCCCUACGCCUGAUCGACGCCGCUUGUCCAAUUCCCACCUCCCUCCCCGAUUCAAUGGCCGAGCGAUUCAGGAUCUGCACCCAACUUGCUUCCGCCCUCACAGACCUCGGUUACGUCGGACACAUGAGCUUCCACAAGCUCCUGUAUCCGUCUGAAGAGGAUUUGUAUAAGUUGGUCAGAUUCUUGGUGGAGAGGCUGUCCGAAUCAUCUGAAGAGAGAAAAAAUUCUGAGGAAAAUGAUAUCAGUGCUACAACUGGGGAAAAAGAAGAAAUGACUUCAAAGGACUGGAUGGUGAGGUCUAAUAAUCAAUGGAACGAUUCAAAAAAUUAUCAAAAAGUUGGAACCAGCUUGAAUGAUCUGACAGUCAAGACUGAAGAGCUAGAUCCCUUAAAUACCAAUUCUAUUGAGGCUCCUAUGAUAGAUAAGUCAGCCUUUGUGGACAUAUCUAGGUCUGGGAUACAGGACUCCAGCAAGGAGGAACUGAUGAGUGUGGGAUAUGGUGAACAGUCGAUUGAAGAAUCUAGCAUGAGAAGUGACGGUUGUCGACAUGACCAAACUGCUGGUCAGAGAGAUGAUAAACAUGUUUCAAAGCUUCAGCAGAAGUUAGCUGCUCUUAAAGAACAGUCGUCAAAGAUGAGAAACGAGAUUGAAAAGUUACAGAGUCGAGAAAAAGUGCUUAUGGAAGAGGUGAGUGCAAAAACUCUAGAAUUACAGGAUGUAGAAGAAGAGCAUGAUGUGUUAAAAGCAGUAGCAGAAAUGGUAUUUGAUGACCAGCAGCCUGUUGAAUUCUACCUGGACCAGCUCAAUGAAAGAGUUGACAAAAGAAAGCAUAAUCUUGUGGAACUAGAGACACAGUGGGGUGCCUCUAUGAAGUCUUUGGAAGAGAAAAAGAAAUGUCUUGAAGACUCUUUAUAUGCGACCAUUCCAGAGGCCUGGGAAAAACUCCAAAAGUUGGAAGAAGUCGAGGUGGAAACACAGUCCAUUUUGUCUGAAAUUCGAAAGAGGGAGGAGGAACAUUCUAAACUCUCUGCAGAUCUUGAGAAGCAGCCCAAGCUGGCUCCCAGGAUAUCCUACGUUCAACGGAUAAUAGAGAUCACAAAGAACAGCAGGAAGCAAGACGCAGACAUUGAUCGGAUUUUAAAAGAAACUAGAGAGCUUCAGAUCGAGAGUAAUUCCAUUCAGGAACGCCUUCAUCGAACUUAUGCAGUUGUCGAUGAAACAGUGUUCAGAGAAGCAAAGAAAGAUGCAGUGGGGCGAAAAGCUUACAGGCUCCUCACUAGCAUCCACGAGACCUUUGAACAGGUCUCUGAGAAAAUCCUCACCGCCGAUAGAACACGAAGGGAAGUUGCCGAAUACGAAGCAAAGCUUGCAUCUAUGGCUUCCCGACGCUUAGAUAUCGGCAAACUACAAGCUGAUCUGGAUGCCAUAAGGAAAGAAAAUGAAUACCUAGAGCAACGCCUUCAGGAUAAUUAAAACCAUGAAGUUUUUUGGUAUCCUUUUAUUUCAAUUUUCAAUGUUGAUCAUCACUUGGUUGUAAUUAUUUGGAGUUUGAAUUUUAAGAACCAUUUCUCAGAAAGAAAUGACAAGUAUUGAACACCUUUUGUGAAUUUUGUCACAUGUAUUAUCCUUUAUAUUGGUUUGAUAAAAGAACCGUAGGAACUCUCUCUC